AUGAAUGCUUCGCCACUAACUGAUGAAACUGUAACUUCUGUCUACGCUUCCGGACAUCCUAAUAUCAAAUGUCCGAAAGAUGCUGUUAAACUUCUCUUUGAUAAAUCAGUAUAUCAAUCAGCAACUAAAAUCAAGCGUGAAUUACUUGAACACGAAAUCACCCAAGAUAAACUGGAUGCUGUAGCGAAAUAUGGUCGAUUUCCUUAUCGCCCAAGUGAUUUAUUUCUUAAACUCUUUUAUGGUGCGAUUCGUACACUCGAUGCUGAUCCAAUGGCCGGUUGUGUAUCACCAAAUUUAGUCGGUACGUCGGGUGUGAUUCCUCUGACAAUCAUAUCGACGAUUCCGGAUAUCAUGCAACACUACCAUCACGUUAUUGUGAAUGCUCAGAAGGAAGUUCUAUUCGCCACGUGUUGGUGGCAAAAAGGUGAAACAGCUCGCAUUAUUGGUGAUGCUCUACGCGAUUUGAACAAACGCGCUGCACAAGAAAAUCGUUUUGUGAUCGUCAAGCUUAUGAUCGAUCAUUUCAAAAUCGGAAACGUUCUACAUCCACAUAUGAUUCUACCACCAAACAAAUGGGCACAAUGCAGUAUUCCUACGGCUGAAGAACUUCCCAAUCUCAUGAUAGAAGUGAAUAUCUACCACCAGCUCAUCAUGGGUGCAUUUCAUGCGAAAUUUCUUGUCGUUGACCGAAAGAUCACUUUGUUGAAUACCAAUAAUAUUUAUGAUCGGCCAAAUUUAGAAAUGAUGAUGCAUUACGAAGGAGAUAUUGUCAAUUCGUUUUACGAUACAUAUUUGAUUACUUGGCAGUUACCGUUCGAGCCAGAGCCUGCCUAUUUACGAGAAGAAGCACCAGUCAAUCAGGAUUUCCAUUUCGGACUCGAUAGUGCUUUGAAUGCAUCUGUAAAAGGUUCGUUACAAAAAGCAGCUGAUCGAGCACGACGUCAACUUCAGCGUCGUCGAAGCGUUGAACAAAGUUCAACAUCUCACAAGACUUUUUCGGAGAUCGCAUACCGAGCUAUAUCAAACAAUCAGUCCGCUGAUUCGCAUACUGAACUAACAAAAGUAACAAAAAAACCACAAGAUAGUGUUAUUGGUUAUAUCACUCCUCAUUCACAAUGUUCUCUCACUGUUCAUCUCAAUGGAUCGUCUCCAUCUGCUCAAAGAACGGAAACCCCCAGUACUCUGUCUGCCAAACAGUUGGAGCGGCUCUUAGAAGAUUUCAAUCCUUUUAUUUUCCAUACGCCACAUCAACCUGUUCCCAUCGCUCUUGUCAGCCGUAUGUCGCACGGUGCGCCAGGUCAUGGAGAUACUGUUAAUCCACAGAAUGGUGCAUGGCUGAGCGCCUUUCGAUAUGCUCAACAAUCGAUAUUUAUCCAAUCUCCGAUGUUUAAUGCAUCACUUGCUGUCGACGGAGUUAUCAACGCUUGUCAGCGCGGUAUCAAAGUUACUCUAUGGCUCGAUUUAGGCUAUGAUUAUUUGAAAGAAGGCUUCGGAACAUUUCAAGGUGGAACGAACCAACACGUGGCAAAGAAACUCUUUCGAAAAUUGAAAGAAAACAAUAAUGGAUCAGAGAAGAAUCUCGACAUUUUCUGGUAUACUGCAAAAGAUCAAACGCGUCCUUUCCACUUCUCUGAAAAGAAGCGAAAUUGUCAUAUUAAAUUCAUGUCCGUCGACAAUCAAAUAGUCAUCAUGGGUAGUGGCAAUAUGGAUACACAAACUUGGUGCCAUUCUCAAGAAAUCAAUACAAUGAUCGAUUCCCCACUGAUCGCAAAAGAACUCAUCGAUGCGUUGUACAGAAAUCAAUCCACAGAUAAAUAUGGUAAACUAAACGAUGAGGGGAAAUGGUCCGAUGCCAGUGGCAAGUUUCGAUUCUGA